AUGGCCGACUUACAAGARGCCGGCGAACUCGUSUGCACAGUAAAUGUAGAAAGCUUAAAUCCCACUAAUGGAACUGUAACACGACGGCGUGUUUAUAAGAAUGUCUCAAUAKUGUGUUGCAGAGACGAGUUAAGAGACAUUGUUCUUCGAAUCUUGGCCAAGAGUUCUCCCCUAGCGAAAAACUACCGACUUCGCGAUAUACAAAUCCACAAACGAUUCCUACAAGAAGGAAAAGCAACAAUUAAACUAGUUACGCAGAACUUACAACURCUAAUAUCAAACAGUCCACCAAGUAAGCUUGCAUUAUUCUUAAAAUGYUUAUCUUURAAGCUUGCUCAAAGGAAGGAAACCGGCUUUGCAAGUGAAAGAGCAAGGAUUCGAAGCGAUGUUCCUCGUGGGUUUGAAACCAUUAGUCCUCUCACAGAAAGGGAUUUUACCACUAAAAAAAGACCGUUUGCGGAGGUGAAUGGUAAUAUAACUCCGAAACGAUGUAAAAUUCAGAAAACAAACUGUUCUACAAGUAGUGCUGGGCCUCGAAAAAAGCUGAAUGUCAUGUCUAGUUUGCAGAAUAACUUCACAGACGAGCAACAAGAGGUAGUCAAAGCCGUCCGUGRAGGAAAGAGCAUAUUUUUCACAGGAAGUGCGGGGACGGGAAAGACUUAUCUYCUCAAGAAACUUAUUGGUAUUUUACCACCAGAAGGAACGUUUAUUACGGCAAGCACUGGAGCUGCUGCUUGCCAUAUAGGAGGAACUACUUUGCAUGCCUUCGCAGGUAUWGGAAGUGGUAGUGCUGACGUAGAGCAGUGCAUCGAGCUAGCAUCAAGGCCAGCAAGACUACGGCUCUGGAAAAARUGCAAACGUCUCAUCAUUGACGAAAUUUCUAUGGUUGAUGCUGAGCUCUUUGACAAACUUGAAACUGUAGCAAAGURUACAAGAAAUGAUGACAGRCCUUUUGGAGGAAUUCAGMUGAUUCUGUCUGGAGAUUUUUUGCAGUUGCCACCYGUAACAAAGUUUACWGAUGGGAAAACUAAGAAAUUCUGUUUUCAGGCAGAGAGCUGGUUCAAGUGUAUCAAUAGAACUAUUGAACUGACUCAUGUCUUUCGACAAAAAGAUCCAAUGUUCAUUUCCAUUUUACAGAACAUUCGGGUUGGAAGCUGUUGUGAUAAGAUAACAUCAAAGUUGACACAAACAAGAAACAACACCAUUGAAAAAGAUGGUGUUUUGGCGACCAAGUUGUGCACCCACAAAGAAGAUGUUGACCAAAUCAAUCAAAUUCAYYUAUCAAAAAUUACUGGAAAGUCACAAAUCUACCAGGCUAAYGACAGCGAUUCAGGACAGUCACACAUUAUAUCAAGACUGGUUCCUGUUGCAGAGARAAUUGAACUCAAGAUUGGAGCUCAGGUGAUGUUGGUUAAGAAUCUUCAUGUGACUGAAGGUCUAGUUAAYGGUGCUAGAGGUGUUGUAAAAGGCUUUGAAUCUGGAAGUGUUGUUAAUCCAAUUGUCAAGUUUGCAUGUGGAGUUGAGAGAACUAUUACACAAGAAAAAUUUGUUGCAAAGACGGCAGGAGGCGCUGUGUUGACUAGAAAUCAACUACCACUUAAACUAGCAUGGGCAGUAUCCAUCCAUAAGAGUCAGGGAAUGACACUCGAUUGUGUUGAAAUCUCUCUUGCCAACGUCUUUGAAUAUGGACAGAGUUAUGUUGCUUUGUCUCGUGCUCGCAGCCUUCAAAGUCUAAGAGUCUUAGAUUUUGACAAGAAAUGCGUAAGGGCCCAUCCUGAUGUUCUGCGGUACUAUGGAAAUCUUAAGAAAGAGCAACARAUGCUGAGGAAAAUACCAUUAGGAAACACAAUUAGAUGAGUUACUUUUACUUUGAAUCAAGCCUUCUUGGUGACCUGGUGCAAAGACRU